AUGUGGAACCCGGCCCAGCAGGUCUCGGGGAUCCCAGGACCCCAGAAGAUCCUCAAGACGUUGGGUACCUGGUGGAUAUCGUCGGCUACAGAUGAUAAGAAGCCGACAAUCGGAGCUUCGAAUUCUUGCCCUCUGACUGAGAUCAGCUGUCAAACGAAAUAUCAUGGUCAGGACACCUGCUGUUUCAAUUAUCCGGGCGGUCAGAUGCUGCAGACGCAGUUCUGGGAUGCCGACCCCGCGGUUGGUCCCGAUGACUCCUGGACUAUCCACGGCUUGUGGCCUGAUCAUUGCAAUGGCGGCUUUGACCAAUUUUGUGACUCCAAGCGGAGAUACAGUAAUAUCUCGCUGAUUCUGGUCGACUCCGGCCGCGGAGAUCUGCUCGAGUACAUGAGUGAAUACUGGAAGGACUACCGCGGCGACGAUGCUCACCUAUGGCAACAUGAAUGGGAAAAGCACGGCACCUGUGUCAGCACUCUUGAAACGCACUGCUAUGAGGACUACAUCCCCCAGCAGGAUGUGGUAGACUAUUUCGACAAGUCGGUCGAGGUCUUCAAGCAGGUCCCUUCAUACGAGUUCCUUGCAGCGGCUGGGAUUGUCCCGUCACACAGCCAAACCUAUGCACUUGCAGAUGUCGAAGAUGCGCUGGAGCGUGCCCACGGUGCCCCCGUCACAGUGCAUUGUCGUCAGGGCUCUCUCAGUGAGAUCUGGUAUCAUUUCAAUAUUGCAGGAAGUCUACAAAAUGGGAAAUUUGUUUCCGCACCCCCAGAUGGCCAAACUUCCAACUGCCCCAGGCGAGGCAUUCGCUAUCCGCCCAAGCGAUCAGCGCCCGAGCCAACCAAGACCACUACACACGGGUCGGAACCUACGAAAACGGGAGCUCCCUUUUCAGGAAAAGGAAACCUGAUGGUAUCCACCCUCAACCAAAGACGAGGCUGCAUCAUCAGCUACGGUACCUGGUACGCCGCUGGAACAUGUGCUACUUUCCGGGCACAGAAAGCAUCAGACGAUACCUUUACUCUAAAAUCUAGCAAGGGCCUCUGCGCGUUCGAGGAUGACGCCCUGAACUGCGGCAGUCAUGUCAGCAAAGCAAGCGAGUUCACGGUCCAAGAUGACAAGCUCACUUAUCUUGGAAACACUACCUUUUACGCGGACAAGGCCCCCAAAGGCCAGGUCCAGAGCACCGUUUUUGCGUCUCAGGUAGAGCAUUUGAUCGAAAUAGAAAUUCUCUGGAAGUCGAAAGAUGCAUUCUGA